GGACCCCCCCCUUUUCCUCAAUGGACGUCACCUACGCGGUGGUCAACAAGGCGCGAAAAGGGGGCGUGGCCGCAGGGAGAGACUCCGCCCCCUUGGGACGAGGCUCCGCCUCCCCCCUCGGCAGCCCUGUGCACCGCCCCUCCCCAGCCUCUUCCAGUGAUGUCACCUAUGAGGUCGUGACCCCCCCAGACGACCCCAGCAGCCCCCCCCACCUCGGAUUCAACAACCGCAUCCGGAAGCCCAAAGGCCCCCGGGAGCCUCCGGCCGAGUGGGCGGGGCCUGGCCCCUCCCCUCCACAUUAAUCACGAUUAAACCGGUUUAAUA